AUGGGCUAUGCAUUGCAACACAAUAACCUAUAUAUGGAACCAUUUAUCGGUGUUGCAUACGACUACUUAGAAAAUGAUUCCAUUCAACAAAAUGUUCCCAAUAAUCAGAACACAGGCAUCAUCAAUUUUGGUUUCAAUGUCGAUAUCGCCAACACCCACGGGUUUUCGGUCAAUUAUGAAGGACAGUUCGCGAAAAAAUAUAAUGCACCUGAGAACACAGCCUAUGCAAUUGAUCUCGCUUUAAGGAAUCACGCAGAUGUGAUCUGGAUCAGCGUACAGUUAAGUAAUGAUGGUGUUCCUGUACUCUAUCGCCCUAAUAAUCUGAAUGCUUUAAGUAAUGGCCAAGGACAACAAACAAUUUACCCAUGGAGAGGUAAAGGAAUCCGUAUCCCAACACUUCAACAGGUGCUUACUCAAUUUCCUCGAACCACUUUUUAUAUUGAUAUUAAAUCGCCUGAUGCAGAUCCGGUGCAAAUUGCUACGGCUAUUAAACGUGUACUCGUUUCCACCAACUCACUUAACCGAGUAAGGCUCUACUCUACUGAACGCCGUUAUACAGAUGCCGUCAAACAGGUCGGUCAAAUUCCGUAUUUUGUUGCAAGAGAUGAUACUCGGGAUAUUUUAGCUCGUGUCGCGCUGAACCAUAAUUGUCAGGCUGCUCAAGAACCAAUUGGGUGGCAUGGUUUGGAGUUAAGACGGCAGGUUGAGGUUGUAGAAACCUAUACCUUAGGUGAAGGCCGUUCAAAAGCAGAGUUUGUUUGGGAUAAGGAAAUUAUGAACUGCUUUAGGACACAAGCAGCAAAUCGUAUUGUCCUGUUCGGUAUCAAUUCUGAAGCAGACUAUCGAAUAGCAAAACAGUUAGGUGCUGAAGCCGUAAUGGUCGAUUCCCCUGCUCAAUUUUCCAAUCGAUGA